AUGGACCCAGACCCCCAGGCUGGUGUGCAGGUGGGCAUGCGCGUGGUGCGUGGCAUGGACUGGAAGUGGGGCCAUCAGGAUGGUGGUGAGGGCGGCGUGGGCACAGUGGUGGAGCUCGGCCGGCAUGGCAGCCCCUCGACCCCCGACCGCACAGUCGUCGUGCAGUGGGACCAUGGCACCCGCACCAACUACCGCGCUGGCUACCAGGGCGCCCACGACUUACUGCUCUAUGACAACGCCCAGAUCGGUGUUCGUCAUCCCAACAUCAUCUGUGAUUGCUGCAAGAAGCACGGGCUGCGGGGCAUGCGUUGGAAGUGCCGAGUGUGCUUUGACUACGACCUGUGCACACAGUGCUACAUGCACAACAAGCAUGACCUCACCCAUGCCUUCGAGCGCUACGAGACAGCCCACUCACGGCCCAUCACACUGAGUCCCCGGCAGAAUCUCUCAAGGAUCCCACUGAGGGGCAUCUUCCAGGGGGCAAAGGUGGUUCGGGGCCCUGACUGGGAGUGGGGCUCUCAAGACGGAGGGGAAGGGAAGGCAGGCCGUGUGGUGGAUAUCCGUGGCUGGGAUGUGGAAACAGGCCGGAGUGUGGCCAGUGUGACAUGGGCUGAUGGCACCACCAACGUAUACCGUGUAGGCCACAAGGGCAAGGUGGACCUCAAGUGUGUGGGCGAGGCAGCUGGUGGUUUCUACUACAAGGAGCACCUCCCACGGCUUGGUAAGCCAGCAGAGCUGCAGCGGAGGGUGAGUGCAGAUGGCCCACCCUUCCAGCAUGGAGACAAAGUCAAGUGCCUGCUGGACACAGAUGUGCUGAGAGAGAUGCAGGAGGGUCAUGGCGGGUGGAACCCCAGGAUGGCUGAGUUUAUCGGACAGACGGGCACUGUGCACCGCAUCACGGACCGUGGGGAUGUGCGCGUGCAGUUCAGCAAUGAGACCCGCUGGACCUUCCACCCCGGGGCGCUCAUCAAGCACAACUCCUUCUGGGUGGGCGAUGUGGUCCGGGUCAUCGAUGAUCUUGACACGGUGAAGCGGUUGCAGGCCGGGCACGGCGAGUGGACAGAUGACAUGGCCCCCGCCCUGGGCCGCGUUGGGAAGGUGGUGAAGGUGUUUGGGGACGGGAACCUGCGUGUGGCGGUUGGCGGCCAGUUGUGGACCUUCAGCCCCUCCUGCUUGGUGGCCUACCGACCUGAGGAAGAUGCCAAUCUGGAUGUGGCUGAGCGUGCCCGAGAGAACAAAAGUUCCCUGAGCGUUGCCCUGGAUAAGCUGCGGGCCCAGAAGGGUGACCCAGAGCACCCAGGGAGACUUGUGGUAGAGGUGGCACUGGGCAACGCAGCCCGGGCGCUGGACCUGCUGCGGCGGCACCCAGAGCAGGUGGAUACCAAGAGCCAGGGCAGGACCGCCCUGCAGGUGGCCUCCUACCUGGGCCAGGUGGAGCUGGUGCGGCUGCUGCUGCAGGCACAGGCAGGCGUGGACGUGCCAGAUGACGAGGGUAGCAUGGCGCUACACUAUGCAGCCCUGGGGAACCAGCCAGAGGUUGCCAGGGUGCUUCUGAGCGCAGGCUGCAAUGUUGAUGCCCUCAACAGCUCUCGGAGCGCGGCCCUGCACGUGGCAGUGCAGAGGGGCUUCCUGGAGGUGGUGCGUGUGCUGUGCGAACGUGGUUGCGAUGUCAAUUUGCCCGAUGCCCAUGCUGACACACCCCUGCACUGUGCCAUCUCAGCGGGCGCUGGCGCCAGCGGCAUCGUUGAGAUCCUUACCGAGGUGCCAGGCAUCGAUGUCACCGCCACCAACAGCCAGGGCUUCACACUGCUACACCAUGCCUCACUCAAGGGCCAUGCACUAGCUGUCCGGAAGAUUUUGGCACGGGCCCGGCAGCUGGUGGAUGCCAGGAAGGAGGAUGGCUUCACAGCACUGCACCUAGCUGCCCUCAACAACCACCGUGACGUGGCCCAGAUCCUUGUCCAAGAGGGCCGCUGUGAUGUGAACCUGCGCAACCGGAAGCUCCAGUCUCCGCUGCACCUGGCUGUGCAGCAAGCCCAUGUGGGGCUGGUGCCACUGCUGGUGGAUGCCGGCUGCAGUGUCAACGCUGAGGAUGAGGAUGGAGACACUGCCCUGCAUGUGGCACUGCAGCGGCACCAAUUGUUGCCCCUGGCGGCUGACGGGGCCGGGGGGGACCCAGGGCCCAUGCAGCUGCUGUCCAGGCUGCAGGCCUCGGGCCUCCCAGGCAGCAUGGAGCUGACAGUGGGCACGGCCAUCGCUUGCUUCCUGGCGCUGGAGGGCGCUGAUGUGAGCUAUGCCAACCACCGUGGCCGAAGCCCGCUGGACCUGGCCGCUGAGGGCCACGUGCUCAAGGCCCUGCAGGGCUGCGCCCAGCGCUUCCGGGAGCGGCAGGCGGCAGAGAGCUGUGGAGGUGGGGGCGCAGCAAGUGCUCGGCAUGUGCUUAGCACCCCCAACACGGUGACCAAUCUGCACGUGGCGGCAGCAACAGCAUCGGGGCCUGAGGCUGCCGAAUGCCUAGUGUGCUCCGAGCUGGCGCUGCUAGUACUCUUCUCACCGUGCCAGCACCGCACUGUGUGCGAGGAGUGCGCUCGCCGCAUGAAGAAGUGCAUCAGGUGCCAGGUGGCCAUCAGCAAGAAACUGCGUCCAGACGGUACGGAGGUGUCAAGCGCUCCGCUUGUGCCUGGCCCACCACGACAGCUGGUGGAGGAGCUGCAGAGUCGUUACAGGCAAAUGGAGGAGCGUAUCACCUGUCCCAUCUGCAUCGACAGCCACAUCCGCCUCGUGUUCCAGUGCGGCCACGGCGCGUGCGCGCCCUGCGGCGCGGCUCUCAGCGCCUGCCCCAUCUGCCGCCAGCCGGUGCGCGACCGCAUCCAGAUCUUCGUGUGA